ACACAAUUCUGGCAAUUAGUUGUUACCAUCUUUGUCCGAACUCUAUUUUUGCUAAGUGUAACAUACAGUCGGCGGUAACGGCGGCUGCUAAUUCCCGAAAAUCGAGGCACUGCUUUAUUUUUCUUCUUGCUUACCUUCUUUUCGUUAACCUAUUCACACAUAUAAUUUAUAAACCCUAUAUAUACAUACGAUUUUCACAAAAAGCCUGUAUGUUUAAUGGAGAUACUGCGAAAAUCAUUUAAAUCCCCUGUGGAUUUACAGCACCACCGAGCCCAAACUGAGGAAGAACAUCAAAUCUUGUUACACACGCAACCAGAUAGCACUGGUUCUAUGGCUGCAGCAAAUUCAUCUCAGGGUCUUGAUAAUAAAGAUGUUGUGAUCAGAAUCAACGGCCAGAAUAUCACCAGGGAAGCUGAACUUGUUAGGAUCGAUUCUGAUCACUCCCCUGUUUCUCAUAUUUCAUCUUUGUCAAAGAUUCUUGAGAGCCCGUGUGGUGGUGAUGGCUCUGGGGAGGUGGUGGCUUGUAGUUCCAAUGCUUCGUUUCGUCGUAAAUCGAGCUUAUUGAGGAUGAAGACGAAGUCGAGAUUGAUGGACCCUGUGGAGAUGGAUUGGAGGUCUCAGAGGAUGAUGAGGUCUGGUGUUAUAGGUAAAGGAAGUGAAUUUGAUGAAGAUGAUCCUUUUUUGGAAGAUGAUUUGCCUGAGGAUUACAAGAAUAUGAAGUUUAGUAAGUGGGGUGUGCUUCAGUUUUUGAGUUUAAUUAUGAUUAUUGCUUUUCUGGUUUGUAGUGUUAGUAUUGAGUUUUUGAAGGAAAGGCAUUUGUUUGGAUUUGCAUUGUGGAAAUGGUGUUUGAUGGUCUUGGUUUUGAUAUGUGGGAGAUUGGUUUCGGGUUGGGGGAUAAGGGUGGUUGUGUUUUUUGUUGAGAGGAAUUUUAUGUUGAGGAAACGGGUUUUGUAUUUUGUGUAUGGGUUGAGGAAGGCUGUGCAGAAUUGUAUUUGGUUGGGAAUGGUUUUGAUUGCUUGGCAAUUGAUUUUUGAUAAGAGAGUUGAGCAAGCCACGGAGAGGAGGGUUGUGCCUUAUGUGUCUAGGAUUUGGGUGUGUUUGUUGGUGGCUACUGUGAUUUGGCUUGUGAAGACGCUUCUGGUUAAAGUUCUUGCUUCGUCGUUUCAUGUGAGCACGUUCUUUGAUCGAAUUCAGGAGUCUUUGUUUAAUCAGUAUGUUAUUCAGACGCUUUCAGGGCAACCGUUAAUUGAAAUUCGGCAAGAAGAGGAAGAGGAAGAGAGAGUUAUGGUUGAGGUGCGAAAGUUUCAGAGUGCUGGUGCGUCUGUGCCAGAAGAUCUCAAGGCGACUAUUUUCCCGAUGAGUGGAAGAGUGAUUGGGACUGCUACAAACACUCCCCGGAAGAGUUCUGUUUUCUCUGCUAAUUUGGCUAAGAAGGAAGAGAAGGCUAUUACUAUUGAUCACUUGCAUAGGCUGAACCAGAAGAAUAUAUCGGCUUGGAACAUGAAAAGAUUGAUGAACAUUAUUCGAAAAGGGUCACUGUCAACCUUAGACGAGCAAUUACACAACUCUACUGGUGAGGAUGAAUCUGCAGUGCAGAUCACAAGUGAAUAUCAGGCAAAAGUUGCAGCCAAGAAGAUAUUCUCCAAUGUGGCUAAGCCGGGAUCCAAAUACAUUUACGAGGAAGAUUUGAAGCGAUUCAUGCGGGAAGCCGAAGCUUCAAGGACUGUUCGUCUAUUUGAAGGAGCAAGUGAAGGCAAAGGAAUAAGCAGGAGAGCUUUAAAGAACUGGGUGGUUAACGCAUUUAAGGAACGAAGAGCACUGGCAUUGUCACUCAAUGAUACAAAAACAGCAGUAAACAAACUCCAUCAGAUGUUGAACAUCGUUGUCGGAAUUAUUGUGCUAGUUAUCUGGCUUCUAAUACUAAAAGUUGCAAGAACCCAUUAUUUUGUGUUUCUCAGCUCCCAGCUUCUUUUAGUGGUCUUUGUGUUCGGGAACACAUGCAAAACAACAUUUGAGGCAAUCAUCUUCUUGUUUGUGAUGCAUCCAUUUGAUGUUGGUGAUCGUUGUGAAGUGGACGGUGUUCAGAUGGUUGUCGAAGAGAUGAAUAUAUUGACCACAAUAUUUUUGAGGUAUGAUAACCAGAAGAUCACAUAUCCGAACAGUGUCUUAGCUACCAAACCCAUAAGUAAUUACUACCGCAGUCCAGAAAUGGGAGAUGCUAUUGAUUUUUGUAUCCACGUAUCUACUCCAAUGGAAAAGAUUGCUAUGAUGAAAGAGAAGAUCACAAGGUACAUCGAGAACAAGAGCGAUCACUGGUUCCCAGCUCCGAUGAUUGUUCUCCGGGACAUUGAUGACAUGAAUAGGCUGAAGAUGUCGAUAUGGCUGUCGCACCGAAUGAAUUUCCAGGACAUGGGUGAACGGUUUGUAAGGAGAGCUCUGUUGAUUGAAGAAAUGAUCAAAAUCUGCAGAGAGCUUGAUAUCGAAUAUCGUAUGCUGCCAAUUGACGUCAAUGUCCGCAACAUGCCAGCUCUGGCCUCCUCCAGAGUUCCUUCCAACUGGUUAUCUUGUGCUGACUGAUGGUAUAGUGCAUGAUAAUUUAUAUAGCGUAAACCAGAGGCUGACAAUUUGUUACUGUUAAGUGGUAGUUCAAUAUUUAGGAACUACUGGUAGUUAAAUGUAGAACAUGCAUUUGAACUAGCUUCCCAGGAGAUAAUUUCAUAGCACUUUCCGUAUCGAUAACAAUAUCUAGUUUGACUUAUUAACCAAUAUAUAGAGUAUAUCAUUCCUCUUUUGAUUUCAACG